AUGGCAACUCUCAACUCUGGCACCGGGCCGACGACUAUCCCGGCAAGGCAGCGUCAGCAGCCCGAGGAGAUGGAAGUGGCCAUGGCUCAGUCCUUUGACUCCUUCUCCCGAUCCGUGCCCGGAACCAUGCCGUUUCUCGAGGCUGAGCCGGCGCCCAUUGUGCUGCCCCAUGACCCCGCGGCUGCCACGACCACUGCUACUCAUUGUGCCAACGACGAUGAUGGCGAAAGAAGCCUGAGCAGUAGGCAGCAGCGCGACCAUCACGACCGCAAAUAUGCAGAGGAAGAACCCAGCGAGAUAUCCCCUCUUCUCAAUGGCACCGCACUGGAGCAGCCCGCCGACGAAGUGCCGCCGCCGCCGCCGUUCCUCAACGGCGUCUCGCCCGUCCGCUUCUGGUUCAUCUUUGCGCAGGUGCUCGGCUCGCUCUUCAUCGGGUGCUUCGACAGCACCAUCAUGGCGUCGUCGCAUCCCGUCAUCACCUCGCACUUUGGCGCCGCGCACUCGGCGUCGUGGCUGUCGACGACGUUCCUGCUCGCCUCGACCGCCUUCCAGCCGCUGCUCGGGCGGCUGUCCGACAGUCUCGGCCGCAAGCCGCUCUUCAUUGGCGGCGUCGGCCUACUGGCGCUUGGCACGGCGUGGUGCGGCCUCGCGCCCAGCCUGGGCAGCUUCAUCGCGGCGCGCGCGCUGUGCGGCCUCGGCGCCGGCGGGUCCAUUGCGCUGGGGAGCAUCAUGAUCAGCGACCUGGUUCCUAUAGAACGCCGCGGCUCGUUCCAGUCGCUCAUCAAUGCCAUGUGGGGGGCCGGCUCGGCCAUUGGCGCGGCAGCCGGCGGAUGGCUCGCCGAGACGGUGGGCUGGCGGUGGGAGUUUGGCAUCCAGGUGCCGCUGCUGGUGCUCAUCUUUGGCGCGUCCUUUGUCGCGAUCCCCGACGACAUUGGCAUCCGGGGCAAGCCCGCCAAGACGGCCCUGCAGGCUCUCCGGGAGUUUGACCUCAAGGGCUCUGGCUUACUGACUGCCUCGACCACGGCCUUCAUUCUCGGCUUGAACCUCGGUGGCAACAUCCUGCCGUGGUCUCACCCCAUCGUCAUCGCUUCCAUCGCCGUCUUUGCGGUUGCGUUUCCUACCUUUCUCUGGGUCGAGUCGCGCGCGGCCAAGCCUAUCAUGCCCCUGCAUCUCAUCACCACAAUGCCCCACGCCAACCUCAUACUUGGCAACUUUAUCGCCUCGCUGAUCAUAAACGCGAUUCUCUUCAACAUGCCCUUGUACUUUCAGGCUGUCCUUCUCACGUCCGCCACCACGUCCGGCCUGCGCCUCGUCCUCCCCUCCGUUGCCUCCUCCGUUGCCGGCGUCUCCACCGGCUUCCUCAUCACCUACACGCGACGCCUCAAGUGGCCACUGCUGCUCGGCACCGGGCUCGCGACCGCCGGCAACAUGGGCCUGCUGCUGCUGCGGCGGGGCCUCGCCGCGCCGCUCUACGUGCUCGCCCUCAUCCCGGGGAGCCUCGGCACCGGCUUCCAGUUCCCCGGCACCGUCAUGGCCGUCCUCGCCUCCAGCCCGCAGAGUGACCAGGCCGUCGUCACCAGCACCCUGCUCCUCUGGCGCAGCCUCGGCAGCGUCCUCGGCGUGGCGACCAGCAGCCUCGUGGUGCAGAACGCGCUGCUGCACUACCUGCAGAGGAUCGUCAGUGGCGAUCGGCGCGACGAGGUUAUCGCCGCCGUGCGCGGGUCGGUCGAGGUUGUCGCCAAGCUCGAGGAGCCCUACCGCGAGCAGGUCAUUCAGAGCUACGAGGCGACGCUGCGGCUGACGUUUAUGUUCACGAGUGGCUUAGCCCUCGUCUCGUUCUUCUUGAUUGUCCCGGUCAAGUUGAUACGCCUGCCUGCGCGAAAGUAG